AUGGCAGAAGCUAAACAAAACCCUACUUCAUUUUUUCCGAACAUUGCUCAAUGUGCAUCAACUGGGCGUGAAAAACACACGGUGGUCACCGACAUGGAUGGAACCCUACUAAGAGGACGAAGCUCUUUCCCUUACUUUGCAUUAGUUGCCUUUGAAGCUGGUGGCAUAUUUAGGCUUCUCUUCUUGCUAUUAGCUUCCCCUAUUGCUGGAAUCCUUUACUACUUCAUCUCCGAAUCAGCCGGUAUUCGGGUUCUGAUUUUCACAACCUUUGUAGGAAUGAAAGUGUCCGAUAUUGAAUCCGUGGCUCGAGCUGUUUUGCCUAAGUUUUACUCGAGUGAUUUGCAUCCGGAGACAUUGAGGGUGUUCUCUUCAUGUGGGAAAAGAUGUGUUCUUACGGCCAACCCUAGGGUUAUGGUGGAGCCAUUUAUUAAGGAUUUUUUGGGAGCUGAUAUGGUUAUUGGAACUGAAAUUCAUGUGCUUGGAGGUAGAGCAACUGGUUUGGUGGAGAGUCCAGGGAUUCUUGUAGGGAUCAAUAAGGCUGAUGCACUUGAGAAAGCAUUUAAGAAUGAGCCUAUGCCAGAUAUUGCUUUAGGGGAUCGAAAGACUGAUUUUCCUUUCAUGAAAUUGUGCCAGGAAAGUUAUGUGGUUCUAGCAAAGCCUGAGUUUGAACCGGUAACCCUUGACAAACUGCCAAAACCAAUUGUUUUCCAUGAUGGUCGGCUUGUUCAAAAACCAACCCCAUUCAUGGCACUUCUCAUCAUUCUUUGGAUCCCAGUCGGCUUCCUCCUUGCCUGCCUCCGCAUCGCCGCCGGCUCCCUCCUCCCCAUGCCAUUAGUCUAUUAUGCCUUUUGGGUACUUGGUGUAAGAGUUUACAUCAAAGGGACUCCACCCCCUCCAGCUAAAAAAUCAAUAGGUCAAACUGGAGUCCUUUUCAUCUGCUCUCAUAGAACCCUACUUGACCCCAUCUUCCUCUCCACCGCUUUAGGCCGUCCAAUCCCUGCCGUGACAUACUCUUUAUCGCGUUUAUCCGAAGUUAUCUCCCCUAUCAAGACCGUUCGUCUUAAUCGUGAUCGAGCCAAGGAUGCUUCCAUGAUCAAAAAAUUAUUAGAAGAAGGUGACCUAGUCAUAUGCCCCGAAGGAACAACAUGUAGGGAACCAUUUUUACUAAGGUUUUCAGCCUUAUUCGCUGAAUUAACCGAUGAACUUGUUCCGGUAGCUAUGCUGAAUCGGAUGAGCAUGUUCCAUGGAACAACAGCUAGGGGUUGGAAAGGGAUGGACCCCUUUUACUUCUUCAUGAACCCUAGCCCUGCGUAUGAAGUAACAUUCUUGAACAAGUUGCCCUAUGAAUUAACUUGUGGUGCUGGGAAAUCAAGCCAUGAAGUAGCCAAUUACAUUCAAAGAAUGAUUGCUUCAAGCUUAUCAUAUGAAUGCACAAGUUUCACUAGGAAAGAUAAGUACAGAGCCUUGGCUGGAAAUGAUGGAACUGUGGUGGAAAAACCCAAGCUUUCUCCUAAUAAAGUCAUGGGGUGCUAG